GUGGCUCUCUGCAACUCAUUCAUCAACAAAUUAAUCAUAACCCAAAAAAAAAAAAAACACCCUCCAAUGGAGAGUGUAAUUCUUCCCUGCAAAUCAAUUUUCCCAACAAUUUCAGAAUUACCCCAAAACUAUCACCCAAAACCAAAAAUACCCAUCAAUUAUGAACCAAGAUUAACAGAUACCCAAUUGAACUAUCUCUGCACAAAUGGGCGCUUAAGUGAAGCAAUAACAGCUCUUGAAUCCAUGUCACAAUAUGGGUACAAGGUAAAACCCGAAACUUUUUCAAGACUUAUAGAAUCUUGCAUAAAUGAAAAAUCACUGCAUUUUGGGCGUAAACUUCAUAGAAAGAUGAGAUUUUUACUGGAAAAAGUUGACCCUUUUAUUGAAACUAAGUUAUUAGGGAUGUAUUCCAAAUGUGGGUCUUUACAAGAAGCGUUUCAACUGUUUGAUCAAAUGCGUGAAAGAGAUUUAUUUGCUUGGUCUGCUAUGAUUGGAGCUUGUUCAAGAAAUAGUAGGUGGGGUGAAGUUGUGGAAUUAUUUUAUAUGAUGAUGAGUGAUGGUGUUGUACCUGAUAGUUUUUUGUUUCCCAAGAUUUUGCAAGCUUGUGCAAAUUGUGGGGAUUUCAAGACUGGUAAUUUGAUUCAUUCUAUAGCGAUUCGAUGUGGAAUGAGUUCUGUGGUUCGCGUGAAUAAUUCUCUUUUAGCUGUUUAUGCGAAAUGUGGGUUGUUAAGUUGUGCAAAGAGGCUUUUUGAGAGUAUGGAGACGAGGGAUACGGUGUCUUGGAAUUCAAUUAUAAUGGCGUAUUGUAACAAAGGUGAUAUUGUUGAGGCACGGAGGUUAUUGAAUUUGAUGCGUCUUGAAGGGGUGGGACCAGGUUUGAUUACGUGGAAUAUAUUGAUAGUGAGUUAUAAUCAGUUAGGCAGGUGUGAUGAGGCGCUUGAGGUUAUGAAGGAGAUGGAAGGUAAUGGGAUAAAGCCUGAUGUUUUUACUUGGACUUGUUUGAUUUCGGGUUUGGCUCAACAUAACAGGAACAGUCAGGCAUUAGAAUUGUUCCGGGAGAUGAUUGCGAAUGGAGUUACACCAAGUGAAGUAACACUUACAAGCACGGUUUCAGCUUCUGCGUCUCUUAAGGACCUGAGGAAGGGAAGGGAGCUUCACUCUUUGGUUGUUAAGUUGGGAUUUGAUGGAGAAGUAAUUGUAGGGAAUGCUUUGGUUGACUUAUAUUCCAAGUGUGGUAAACUCGAAGCUGCUCAGUUGGUCUUUGAUAUGAUCCCAGAGAAAGAUGUAUACAGUUGGAAUUCCAUGAUUGGAGGAUAUUGCCAAGCUGGGUACUGUGGAAAAGCCUAUGAUCUUUUUAGGAGGAUGCAUGAGUUUGAGGUAUCCCCUAAUGUAAUCACGUGGAAUGUGCUGAUUACAGGACACAUGCAAAAUGGUGAUGAGGAUCAAGCGUUGGAUCUUUUCUGGAGGAUGGAGAAGGACGGGAGCAUUGAGCGAGACGCUGCCUCAUGGAAUGCUCUCAUUGCUGGCUAUUUGCAAAAUGGGCAGAAAGAUAAAGCAUUGGGUAUAUUUCGCAAAAUGAAGUCAUUUGGUUUUAAGCCAAACGCAGUUACCAUUUUGUCCAUCCUACCAGCUUGUGCAAACCUAAUUGCUGCAAAUAAGGUGAAAGAGAUCCAUCGUUGUGUUUUGCAUUUCCAUCUGGAAAAUGACCUCUCCGUUGCUAAUUCUCUUAUAGACACAUACUCCAAGUCGGGGGGCAUAAAAUACUCGAAAGCAAUAUUUGAUGGGAUGUCAACCAAAGAUAUCAUUUCUUGGAACACACUGAUUUCUGGUUAUGUUUUACAUGGCUGUUCCACUGAGGCAAUAAAGCUAUUUCAUCAAAUGAAAGAAGUAGGGUUUAAACCAAAUAGGGGUACUUUCUCCAGUGUGAUUUCGUCUUAUGGUCUAGCGAAAAUGGUUGAAGAGGGGAAGCAUAUGUUCUCUAGCAUAUCCGAGGAGUAUCGGAUUGUACCAGGUCUAGAGCAUUGUGUGGCUAUGGUUAAUUUAUAUGGCCGGUCAGGUAAACUUGAAGAAGCAAUUGAUUUUAUAGACAAUAUGACCAUGGAGCAUGAUAUUUCUUUAUGGGGUGCAUUGCUGACUGCUUCUCGCGUGCAUGGUAAUUUGAAUUUAGCUAUCCAUGCUGGAGAACAAUUGCUCAAACUGGAUCCUGGAAAUGUAGUGAUUAAUCAGUUACUUCUACAGUUGAAUGUACUAUGUGGGAUUUCUGAAGAAUCAGUAACUGUCACGCGACCUAGAAAAAGAAAUCACCAUGAAGAAUCUCUUGGUUGGAGCUGGACUGAGAUAAAUAAUGUGGUCCAUGCUUUUGCUUCAGGUCAGCAAAGUAAUUCUGAGGUUCCAGAUUCAUGGACAAAAAGAAAGGAAGUAAAAAUGGAGGGAUCCAGGUCUUGCAAAAGGCUUUGCAUCACAGAAGAGGAGAACGAAGAUAUUACUAGAGUUCAUAGUGAGAAAUUUGCACUUUCUUUUGCCCUCCUUAACAAUCCUCAAUCAUCUCGAGUGAUACGAAUUGUUAAGAACUUCAGAAUGUGUGAAGAUUGCCAUAGGACUGCCAAAUUUGUUUCUCAGAAUUAUGAACGUGAAAUAUAUAUACAUGACUCGAAGUGCUUGCAUCACUUUAAAGACGGUUAUUGUUCCUGUGGCAAUUAUUGGUAGGUUUAAGUGGCCAUGAUCUGUCAUUUUCUUGCAGACAAGUCUCCUCUUCUCCAAGGAAUUGAUAGAUCGGCUGUUUUCUGGAGAAAAGAUCUGCAUGAGAUAAAGAGGAUCCUCUUUGAAAAUGUAUAGAUGAUGGUGCUAACGGUGGCCGCUCAAAUGUUGUUAUUGCUGUAAAUAUAAAGUUUCUCUGUUUGGUCAGGUCUUGUAAAUGGUUGAGAGAAAUCUGGAUUAUGACACUAGUUCAUAGGCUCUGUAUCAAAUUGUACAUAUGCUAAAGAGAUAAUCUUUCGUCUUACCAAGUGCUCAUCUGAAAUCAUGUUUUUUCCUAACUGUGUGACAAUUGAACUAGCCUUCGGAUGAGCAUCCCAAAGGUGUGGCCUAGUGAUCAAAGUGAAGGAAGAAUAUUAUAUAACCCACUGGAAUAAAGAUGGUUUGCUUACAUGCUUGGUGUCAACUUUUUUAUUGCUUAUAUUUAUGCAGGUUUUCUGAAUGACAUACCUAAUUAGGCUGCUUAAAUAUUCCAUUUGUUUUUGGAUCUACAGCACUCCUCAGUCGGUGUCCACUCUCGCUACAUUUUCUUAUACCUUACAUUUUUGGUACCUCUGUUAUACUUUUGUCUGGGGAGAAAUGGAUGAGUUUAGAAUACAGAGAGUAAUGAAUACACUCCUUGCAGUUAGAUGGUUUUAACAGUGAUACGGAAUGGUUUUCGACAUUCCUAAAAGAAGACUUAUUCUCUAUUAGUAAGGUCUGCGUACACUUUACCCUCCCCAGACCCCACUAUGUGGGAAUUCACUGGGUAGGUUGUUGUUGUUGUUGUAGUGUGGAGCUUAUAGGUUUAACUCUCUACAAAACAUUUAUCUCCGUGGAUAUUGACCUUCCCUGAGUUAGAAAUCAACCGAGUAUAUUAUCCAUUAUCAGGAAAUUCAUAUACAUCCAAUUGCCAAUUGUUCUUUCUUAUACAGGGGCUUGAAGACUCAAUACUUACUCAGAUUAAGUGAGUUCCCAUCUUUUCUGCAAAAUGCACAUUGGAGUUGCUGGUCUGAGCUUAAUGAGGCGUAUGUACCUCUAUCAUCCUUUUCAUGUAUGGACGGAUAAUUCAGCUGGGAACUGUGUGUUGCCUCUUGGACAGGAAACAGUUUUAGUCUAGUCAAUUAGUAACCUAUAAUCAUAUGGAGUGAUGAAUGGACAAUGUGGAAAGUCAAUAUAUUUUCUUUUAUUAUUCCUUCUGUUUUGGGUUCUUUUUCAGGUAGUCCAAGGGAUAGUGGGACAAUCCAUCCAGCUCCAUGUGCUGUUGGAGGAGAAGGUGGCAGCCAUAGUAUGAUGAAGCUUUUUAUGGGAUCAAACAGAGGGUCCUAAGCAUAUCAUCAGAGGCCAUUUGCUGUAAUCGCGAUGAUGUCCGAUGUGUUCCUAAGUUGGCUUGUAAAAUGAUGUUGUACACUCCUUUGGACAUAUGAUGUCCUUAUUGCAGUAAUAUAAGUUUUGUUUCGGAAUAAAUAAAUAAGAGUAAAGGAAAUCUUGUCACAAGCAUAGAAGUUUCUGCUGGUAAAGUUAGACCUUCUUCAUGAAGAGCUAACUGGCAUCAGUGGCUGAAAUAAGUCAUUAACUUUCCAUACAGCUGAAGGAAAUGUGGUGCCCUUGGGGGUGAGGGGCUGAAGGGAAAUAAGGAACAUUUUUCACUUCAUCAACAACUGAAGAUAAGGGGAUGUCUCCGCGUGAGUCGUGAUCAGGAGAUCAGAGGUUCAAGCCACGGAAACAGUCCCUUGCGGAAAUGCAAAAUAAGCUGCGUACCCAAUCUUGUCCAGCUUUUCCUUGGAACCCGUGCAUAGGUGGAGUUUAGUGCGCCGAGCUUCUCUUUAACAACAAUAGAAGACAAAGUGGUGGGGCUUUCAUAGAACUGGUGCAAUGCGUCUGCAACACUUGUUGGGGAAUCAAAGAACCUCAAAGCCAUCUUCUCUUCUGAAGAUUUUCUAUUAGAGUUUGUUAAUUUUUUCCUGUUGUCAUUAAAGAAAAGUCAGUAAUGGUUGAAGAGUCCAAAAGAACUUCACUUA